UUCCUUAGAUGAUAAAUCAAUGACAGUCACCUUUACUCCGACCUGGCAGGAUCACCUGAAAACUCUGACUUGUCAGCUUAAAGGAGACAACGACAAAUGCAACAAAAGGUCAUUUGUGCUGCUUGUUCAAGGCUUUCCAAAGGAAGUUCAAGUACGGUUUAACCACACAGAGAACAAUGAAGUUAAGGAGAAUGAGACUCUGACCGUAACCUGCGAGGUUAAGCACAGCCAUCCUAACGUUAUUUUUUACAUCUUCAUGAGGAACGAGGAAGACCUACAGAAUGGCAGCUCCUCUGAAUUUGUGAUCAGUAAAGUGUCUGAAAACGACGCUGGGGAAUAUUCCUGCAAAGCGUGCAAUAAAAUUGGAAGUACAAUGUCGCCAAAAUUGAAACUAGAUGUGCAAUACCCACCUAAAGAAAUGGAAAUCAAUUCUAUAGAAGACAAAGACAACCUUAAGGAAGGACAAUCCGUCACUUUCAAUUGUAACUUCCAGAGAAGCAAUCCUACUGUGACCAAGUAUGUUUGGUACAAAAACGGAAUCGCAGUGUCCAAUGAGAACAUGGAAAAGCUAACAAUAAAGAACAUCUCCUAUACGAGCGACAAGGGGAAAAUUGAGUGUGAAGCUCACAAUAAAAUAGGAGGAACCCGGUCAAAGCAACUGACGUUAAAUGUGAUGUAUUCGCCGAAAGAAACCAAUGCAUCAGUGAAUAAUCCCAUUAUUAAAGAAAACACGAGAGUAACAAUCAAAUGUGUCACCAAAGCCAACCCACGGGCUUCUUAUCACUGGUUCAAGGAUGGAAGGCCCUGGAAGAAGGCUGAGGCAUCUGAGUAUAUAUUUAAUAAAAUUAUGAUAUCAGACAGUGGGAAUUAUUUCUGCCAAGCUUCUAAUCAAGAAGGAACUCAAAACUCAUCAGUCAUUCAGCUGGAUGUGAUAUAUGCCCCCAAGGAUGUUCAACUCAAAAUGAAUCCAAGUUCGAUGGUAAAGCAAGGAGACCUGGUCUUGUUAAAUUGUACCAUAGGAAGAAGUAACCCGACAGUGAGCUCCGUGACUUGGUACAGGAAUUCAGUUGAAAUUAAAAGAGGAACGACAAGGAGUUUAGAGUUCAAGGAGAUACAUCAUAACCAAAGUGGCACCUACUACUGUGACGCCACAAACUCUGUUGGAAAAAAACAAUCAAACACAAUUGAAAUGAAUAUUUUAUAUGGACCAACAGAAACUUAUAUUGAAGCAAAUGUGAAGACGAAUCAAGUGAAAGUGGGCCGCAAUAUCGUCUUAGAAUGCCGUACAAGCAGUAAUCCUGCAUCUCACUUCACGUGGCAUAAAAAUGAUUCUGGAGGUUGGAAACAACAAGAACCUGUCGGAUAUCAGCUUACAUUUCAGCAAAUAACCAUCAGUAACGGGGGCUAUUUUUUUUGCACAGCGGAAAAUGAUAUUAACUCUGCAAACUCCAGCAUCUUCCACUUGGAUGUCCUUUAUCCACCAACAACACCCAAGAUGACCUUUGAGAACAACGCGAGAGAAGGCUUUCAGGCGUUCAUAGAAUGUCAAGUCGAAAGUAACCCUCCCGCUCAACUCUCCAUAUCACACAUUGAUAAAAAGUCCAGAGAUGUCAAAAUGAUGCAAGACACCAACGCUCUGAAAAUGUGUUUCAUGAACUUGACAAGCAAGGAUGCAGGACAAUACCUCUGUACAGCGGACAACACGGAGGGGAAGAGCGAAACCAAAGGAGACUUCAUCGUCAAGUAUUCACCAAAAGAUGUGUCACUUACCAUAUUGACUUCAAGAGUAAUUGAAAACAAACCGGUCAAGCUUGUGUGUGACAGCGUUGCGUACCCACCAAGCAGCAGGUACAGCUGGUUUAAAGAGCAAGGAGACUCACAGCACAAAGUGGGAGACAACAAGGAACUCUUCUUCAGCUCCGUGUCCAUUCAGGACUCUGGUCAGUACUUCUGCACUGCAGAUAACUCCAUGGGACAGGGACACUCGAAAACAUCCUACCUGGAUGUGUUAUAUCAACCUAAGAAGGUCAGGGUCCUGCACAACAUCGGGAGAUCUGGCGUGAAACAAGGAGACACCAUUGUCCUUUCCUGUAGCUGCGUCAGUAACCCCCCAGCGAACGUGUACAUGUGGCACAAGAUCACAGAGAACGACAUGAAUAGCAUCGUGGACAAUGAGCAGAACAUCACAAUACACGACUUUUCAGUUCAACACGAGGGUUACUACUACUGCACGGCCCACAAUAUCGUGGCAAGCGAAUCGAGCCAGCAAAUAUCCCUCUUUCUUUUCAACUGGGGUGCUCUGAAGAUCAUCGCCUCGGCGCUGAUGAUGCUGCUCUUUGUAUCUGUGCUUGUGAUUGUCAUUUUCAUGUACAGGAGGAAGAAAAGGAAAUCAGAUCAGAGUGAGAGCAGAAACAACAGCCAAUGGUCCAAAUUUCCUUUUUGCCUGGGCUACACCAACGCUAUGAGUGAAAACCUCAUGAUGAGAAGGGUGAGCAACCAACAGCACAGUCAAGAGCACCUCACUGGGGGCCUCCACAAUCCAGCAGGAUUUGAGAAUUCAGUGCAGCAAACCCCUGACUGCCCCCAAAGGCCCAAGCCUUCACCACAGAAGAGGAUUGGCAAUGAACCCGACGUGGUCUACAGCACGGUGGUCAAUUCUGGAUGUGAUGAACAGGCCAGAGAAUUAAACGAAAAUCUUCAUUCAAACGUUAAGAAGAAACCGACUUACGACAACGACACGCUUAAUUACGUUUCUUUGCCAUUCCACCGUGAACACAAAGAGAAGGAAGAAUUGCCAGGGAAAAAGGAAGAUAACAAUCAUAACAGCUUAGGGUCGCCUUCCAAUAUUUACAGCAAACUGCAGAAACCUUUGAAGGACAAACAGAAAGACAAGUCAGAUUAUGAAAAUGUUAAGAUGCCCCUACAAGCCUGUCAAGAGAAGCCCACCGAACAUGAUGGGGCUGCUAGAGCUUCAGAGGAUUUACACUAUUCCACUGUGACGUCGUACCGCACCAAAAAACAGAACCUGGAGUGGGAAUCGGAGUCCAGCUCUGAGGAUGAAAGCAAAAAGACCGUGUACUCCGCCGUCAGGCUGUAAGCACAGCACGAAAACCGAAAUCCUGUGAUGGGGACGACUGAGCGGACUCCACAGUUGGCGUCUAUGCCGCCGCAGCUUUCUUGUGUUAAACAGAGCUUGGCAUUUUCUUGGCUUGUGUGGACUGCUUCCUUUCUCCCACUGUUUUUACAACACCAGUUCUAUCUGUGCCAUCUUGUAUGUUUUCUGCCACAUGAUGAUUCCUUGAUAUGCACAUGGGAACUUGAAGGGCUGGACAUCUUUUGUGGAAUGUAAAACUCUGUUCUUAAAGCACUAGGAUCCUUUCUAACUUGGUUUGCUUCAAAUGCACAUUCAAAGGAGGCAUUAAACAAUAUGCCCAAGUCAUACUACCCAUGUUAAUAAAAAGAUUUAAGUGUC